AUGCUAGAGCCUGAGGGUCUAAAAAUGGAGCUCGACAACUGCUGCGGAGAUAGUUCAAGUGAAGAUGGGUUCAUAGACCCUCUCACCAAAAUCGUUCAAAGAUGGGGAUGUCCGUCAGUGUUAAAGAUACUAGAGGAAAAUGAAGUUGAUGUGAAAACCCUUCCCCUUCUAAGUGAAAGUAUAAUCACAUCCUUCAUACCCAAGAUUGGACCUCGAUUGAAGUUUCUCGCUGGGUGGCGUGCAGAGUAUCAUGCUGCAAAUCAACAAAGCAUGGAACAAGCAUCAACGUCGACAAGAAGCCCAUCAGUGUUCUCCUUAGAUGACUGCUCAGAUCUCUCUUGUAUAACAGGAAGUGAGUGGAGUCCCAGACAAAGCCCUUCCCAGCCCAGUUUGGAUACGCCACUUUACGACUCCCCAGAAUCCAAGAGUCCUGAUCAACAUCCUCCCCUGAAACGGGUCAAGAAAGUGCAUUUCAACAUUGCUUGUAUAUUGAGAGAGACCACCAUGGGAAGAGCAGCAUUAAGGAACAUCAAUGCUACAAAUCUCUGCAGCAAAAGGGACCGGCAUACUGUUGUGGAUAUGUUGACUCAGUACCUGAUACGGGAGUAUGGUACCAAGCCAAGCUCAUUUGUGAAGGCAUCAAUGGCCCAUGCCAUUGUGACAAGCUUUCCUUUCUUAAAAGAUCCAGAAUCUCCACUUGGCUAUGAGGCCUGGUACUGCGUGGGGGCCAAGGGACGGCCAGCAACGGGCUACCUGGAGGAGCAUCUGAGGUACGUCAGAAAGAAGGAGAAGUCCCUGAGGGUACCAGUAGCUGAAGACGAGGCACAGUCUCAAAAGCAAGGAGAUACUGAUCUUGAGUCUGUGAAUGAUGAUAACAUCGCGACAAUGGAAGAAUGGCUGCGUAACAACAAGGAGCCAGAGGACAUGGUGAAGGACUACAUGAAACAAACGGCAAAAAAAAGACAUGACUGGAUCAAGAGAAGUGACUGUUGUGUGAAGAACAUUCUUACCACAUAUCCCAGACUUCUCGAUGCUGGAAUGAUUGAAGGAGAUUUUGCAGUAUUGUUCCCAGAGAAAGCAAACGCGCUGUACCAGAAGUGGCCCACUUUCUGUAACAAAGUAGUGGACUUCACCGAGAAAACUGGCAACUGGAGAAGUGCAAGAGCCGAAUUCGAAAACAUUCAUGACCCUGGGAAACUCAGUCUUGAGGAAAAGAGCAAUCUUGGAUUCUACAUGCUCCCAGUCUUGUUCCGAGGAAGGAAAGAUUCCAAGAGAGGAACGUACACCACUGCAGAAACAUUGUCGUCCUUCAUUGACAUUCAACCAGAGGUUCUCGACAUCCAAACAUAUGUUGAUAACAUUGAUGAAGCAGUCCGGCCACAGCCAUUUGUUGUUGUGCGUGGGAACAUUCUCACACCAAUACAGGCGUACGUCGUCGUAGAGAGGAGGGUACUUCCUGCCACAACACUGCUUAAAGCAGUCGACUUGUGCUUUAAGGCACUUUAUGUGAUGGAUAUCGAAUAUCAGCCGCAAAGCUGUUCUGUUUGGAAAUUUCUCCAGAUUGUGGUGUUCCAGUUUACCGAUGGGGAGCAUCUUACACCAAAGCUGCGGGAGGUCCGAGCCUUCAUGAACAUGCCAUAAGCCAUCAUGCUGUGUUCACACCAAGGAUGAUUACUGGUGAUAUAUUUCUUACAGAUGAAACUGACAAAUCAUCGGCCACUUGAACCACUUUAUUUUUGGAGAAAAAAAACUGGAAAAAAGGAUUAUUUUGGACAAAAUAACCUAAAAGGCAAACUGUUAUGAGUUGGAUUCGACACAUUAUUUUACAUAAUUUAGACAUGUUUGUGUAAGACUGAAGAUCUGAGGGUGGGGUGAGGAUCGCUGAACAACAUUAAAAAAAAAGUGAAUUUGUACACAGCAGAAGUCUUUGUGUAAAUUUUAAAAUGAUGAAAGGCCUAAUUUUUUUUAUACCAAUCAUUGCUUAACAUCCCCACCUUGAAAGUUUAAGAAAACAAAUGAAUAUGUGCCAAGUAUAAAUACAAUACAUAUUGGCUAUAAAUCUUUUGCACUGGCGUAUAACUUCUCAAAUCAAUAGAAGGCUAAAUCUUACAAAUGCUUAUCGUGUUCGGUCUUAAUCCCAAGAGUACUGUUUCAUAACCCAUACAUCAAAAUUAUAUAUUUCUUCAUAAAACAUGAUUUAUGAUAUUUUCUGCAUUUAAAACAGCAAGUGGGGUAUACGAUUGUAAAUUACAUGUACCAUUAAUUUUUAUGUAAUGUGUAUCGUCCAUUGACCCUACGCUGAACUCUCUGCUGAAUGGACUGCACGCAUUAAUUUACAUCGCGCAAAGCAGAAGUAGAGAAGUCAACAUUUUCAUCUACAUUUUGCAAAAUUUUAUUGAUAUUAUUGAUAAUAUCAAUAAAAUCUUUCAAACUGAGUAUAGCAUAGGGUCAAUUGAUUUUUGUUGUCUUUAAUCUAAUCAAAAAGUUAUAGUAGGCAAUGUGUAUCCUUGUUAUUUGAUCAGUACCUGUUCACCAUCACAGAUAACCAAACUUUCAUGUUGUACUUCUGCACAUGUCAAAUAAUCUAGAUGGAUUUGCAUUUAUUUCCUCUUUUUUUCACUUCACAAAAAUGUGUGCAUGGGUAACACUCUAAGGCAGAGUAUUGGUGUGUCAGGAUAAAUGAACACUAUGCCACACCCACAAAAUAUAUAUGAUGCACAUAUUCAUGUAUGAAAUCAGAGUGUGUGGGAUACAUACAGAGUACAUCAAAGUUAAACAUUAUCAUGCUGCACCAAACAGGGGCUAUAUUUCCAUUUACUUUUCUUAAAAGGUUGUAUUUUUUUUCACCAAAAAUUGGAAUGUUGUAGUCGAUGUUAACAAGUUUUGUUUUUACGUUUCUGAUGAAAACAGCAACAUGUGUUUACUUUGUAUGUUAUUUGUGUUUCAGUUAAGCAAUUAUUACCCAUUAGAUGAGAAAAAGAUUUGAGCAAAUAGAUGUUAUGGAGAAAGUGUUGAGCAAUGAUUAUCCAACAGACGAAUUAAAGAGUUGGGCAAAUAGAUGUUGUGGAGAUAAAGUUGAGCAAUUAUUACCCAAUAGAUGGGUAUUUUGAGAGUUGGGCAAAUGAAUAUUGCAGAGAAAUUGUUAAGCAAUUAUUACCCAAUAGAUGGGUGUUUUGAGAGUUGGGCAAAUGGAUAUUGUGGAGAAAUUGUUGAGCAAUUAUUACCCAAUAGAUGAGUGUUUUGAGAGUUGGGCAAAUGGAGAUUGUGGAGAAAUUGUUGAGCAAUUAUUACCCAGUAGAUGGGUGUUUUGAGAGUUGGGCAAAUGGAUAUUGUGGAGAAAUUGUUGAGCAAUUAUUACCCAAUAGAUGGGUGUUUUGAGAGUUGGGCAAAUGGAUAUUGCGGAGAAAUUGUUGAGCAAUUAUUACCCAAUAGAUGGGUGUUUUGAGAGGUGGGCAAAUGGAUAUUGUGGAGAAAUUGUUGAGCAAAUAUUACCCAAUAGAUGGGUGUUUUGAAAGUUGGGCAAAUGGAUAUUGCGGAGAAAUUGUUGAGCAAUUGUUAUACAACAGAUGGGAGUUUGGCAAGUUGGGCAGACUGGGAGUUGGGUAAAAACUGGUUGGGCAUUUAAUUAACCAACAUUAAACUUACUCAAAAGUUGGGCAAAUAGAAGGUUGGGCAAUAUCUAACUGGGUAAAAUUGGUUGGGCAAGAAAUUACCCAACUGAAAAUAUAACCAACUGUUAGGCAAUUGUAGAGUUGGGUAAAAUCUGAUGGGUCACCAACUGAUGGGCAAUUUAAUUUGCCCAACCACAUAGCAAACUGAUUACCCAACAUCAGUUGGGCAGAUUUUAACCAAUAGUUGUGUGGACCGUAUGUUGCUCAGUGUUGGUUAAAAGUUGGGCAUUUUUUUGCCCAACUAUUUUAAGUGUGUGGGAUUUGAAUCAUCAUCCUCCCGACCAUGAUUCGGAUGCACUACAAACUGAGCCAUGCAAAACAUAGGUUACAAUUGUUAUUAUCGCAUCUGUGAAUUUUUUAUAACCUGAUUCUGAUAAGUAUAUUUUGCAGAUAAGUUCAGGCCAAUUUCAUUAUGAAAUCAUGGGAUUUUGUUGUUUAUGCCACUGAUAAGGAUGGUUUUUCUUAUGUUUCUAAUGUGAGAUGACAUUUAGGGAUACAUAUAAAGGUUAUUCAUGUUACAUCAUUUAGGAGACUUCUAAGGUUGGCACUAGUGGGUAGCAGGCCUUGUGGAGAAUGCAUCCCCCCAUUGUCUGUGGUCAAGACAUUGAUCGUUUGCUCUCAUUUUCAUCUGAUGUAGGUUUUUACAUGCAGUCCACGAGAGGAGCACACCGACUUCAGCCAUAUGUACUGUGCCUUGGGGGUACAAAAUUGGAACCACAUCAGGUCUUUGCCUCAUUGAAGGAAAGGUGGUUGAAACUAAAACUGUCACUGUGCGGUUGAUCUGUGUUUCAAAGCUUGCUAUGCCUACAAUCUUGAAUAUCAGGCGCAAUGCUCAGGAACUUGGGAAUUUAUUCAAAGCAUUAUGUAUGAAAUGCCAGGCCAAGUAAAAUGCCCCAUUGUCAGAUAGUUCAGGGCUUUCCAGAAAACUCUUAAAGACCAAUAGGCAUUCAACUGUUUUUCAUAUAUUUUUUGGUUGUUGUUUAUAUUCAAAAGGUACUAAUGCACCUUGUUUAAACAGGGUUUUUUUUAUUAAGGUUUAGCCUUAAGAGAUUCUUUGAGUAUUUUUUUGAAACCUCAAUUUUGAUCAUUGCCAUUUAUAGAGCAUAAGUUGUUCAAGAAUGCAUGUUCUUUGAUGACAUUACAUGGGGAAAACUACAUUGAUAUAAAAUUUUUGGUUCUUUUGAUCGUAGUUGUAAUUGAGAACUCUUAUUACCAUUACCAUGUGUAAACUGAAUAAGUGUUAUAUAUAUGGUGUAACAUGCCAGUAAAUGGUUCAUGGCCUUCUAGUUUUAGAGAGCUCUGUGUGAAGUAAUUACAAUGGAGGAACCUUUAUAAAUUUAAUAGUCAUAUUCUAUAGUAAUGACUUGUUGAUUUGAUUAAUACGCCAGAAAGAUACAAUGGUAGCUUGUUUCGCACCUGUUUCGCCAAAAAUGAGUUAAAAACUGUUCAGUAUUCAUUGUGAACCCAACUUAAUUAUUUUUUCUUUAAAUUGUAAGAAUACUUAAAGUCGAUAUCACUCUCAAGACGUCAUGUCAAGUCUUUUAAAUUAAAAUGGGAGAACAUCCGAUCGCAUUUUAUGUGUAGCAUAAACGUAAUGCAAUGACGAUGCAAUGACACAUUGCUCCCCAUAUAGGUUAAAAUUGUCUUCAGUUCAGGCUGCCAAUAGGAGGAUCUCCAUAGCAUUAGUGAUCUCGACAUUCAAAUGCUCAUAUCUCUUCUAUUGCUAGUCCUAUUAUACUCAAACUUUUGUUGAUCUUAUUCUUUUAUUUUUCUGCUUUCACAAAAGCUAACUUGCUCCAAGAGUUUCAUUCUCCUUUAAGUUAGGUAAUAUUUACACAAUAAAUUGUGUUUUGUAGUUUACAUAAUGAUUUACAUAAUAUUUGUGAAAUUCACUUUUAGGUAAAAAUUACAUAAAAGUUAUGGAGUUCCUAUUGAACAUCACUUUUCACGCUUCGACAAGCACAACAUCUAACACUAUUCAUGUAGCCUCUCUUCCACCUGAUCCACCAACUGCUCCUCAAUCGGCUACAAUGAAGACCAACCCAGCACCAGCAGUGCAAAUGUGUCCUUUCAAGAGCUACAACCUCUCCAAAAAAGUAGUUCGUCCGCAGGAAACGAGCAAACGUCGAAAACAACAAUCUGGGGAACUCACUACUGAAGAGUAUGUAAAUGAUAUCAGAGAACUUGAGAAAACAGAAAAGCUCCACAGAAAAAAAAGUACAACUCAACAGAAGGCAAAGGGAAACAAAGGAAAGGAAGCAAAGGAAGCAUCCAAACAAAAGCAAGCAACUCAAGUGCCAAAAGAUGCAGAAAUAAAACCCCACAAUUUUUGUCAUUACUGCGAGACAUUCUUUUAUGAUGAUGAAGGUGAAGUCCAGUGGAUUGAAUGCCAGUUAUGUGGAUGUUGGGCUCAUGAGGACUGUGCAGGAGUUGAAAUCA